AUGUUACCUGCAUACGCUUUGUGGGGGCAGUUAGUGAAAGCUGUGCUUCUACAGAAGUCUGAUCCACUGGCUUGUUCACCAGUCCGUCGUCUCCCGUCUUGUGCAGGACUGCAGGCCCAGGCGGCUGUUUUCCGGGGACGACUCUCCAGCUACUGGCGGGACUUGGCGCAGCUGCUCUCACUCGGUGCGACGCACGCCUCGCAGAUGUUGGUUCCCCUCGCAUUCGAACGAAUGGGUAACCACGCAAGUGAUCAGCAACUCCACGGUUGGAUUAAGGACAUGGAACGUGUGAAAGACAUGCUGCGCACGAAAUUAACCGGAUGUGUACAGGACUUGCAAUUCUCCAGCAAACAGGUGGAGCACUACGAGGUGGAAGAAGAUAAGGAGAGGCCAGGGCACUUGAUAAUCAGGCGGCCGCUGUUGAGUGUACGCCUGCUGCGCUAUCAGCCGUGGAACCUCUCCUUUCACGACGACUUCAGUGCGCUGUGCAAGGAGCGGCAGCCAGAGGCGUCGCAAAUGUUCAACCUCGCUGAUGAACUGUACGCCUUCCAUCGUGUCUACUGGUCCACUGCAGCUGAGCACACCGAUUCAUCCUACGAAGAUGAUGUCAAGAUUGUAGACGAGGAGUGGCAGCUGGAGGACAGAAGCCACGCUACGCUCUCCGUGGACACUGACUGCGUGCAGCUGUUGGUGAACGCCCUGGACCACCCCACGUGUCCGCUGGAAGACCUGCCACUGGAAGCCGUGAAGCAGCGCGAGCGGUGCCGCGAGCAGCUGUGGGACGACGUGGUGCAGAGGUCGCCCCACAUACCCGUCACCAGCUACCUGGCCUACACGCAGAGGGCAAACGUCAACCUCUGUCUGCUGGCCUGGAUGGCUGUCAACUCGUACGGCAUUUGUCAGGACGUCCCGUUCAGUAUGAUACAGUCCGUGCACGAUGCUCGCUGCUAUUUCGAUAGUCCUGACGAUCAAUCGUGUCUGCAGUCGAACGCUACAGACGCCAUCUGCUCUGUUUCCAGAGCUAUUCUGUUGCUAAAGUGUCGCGACUUUUCCUCCAUUAAGACUUCCCAUAAUUGUACGUUCAGUACGUUGGGAUCUCUAUGGUCCUAUAGUACGAGUAGUAUACUGGAUCAAAAGCUAACAGAACAAACACUGAACUACAAAAACAGUUUAACCAACGCCACCUUGAAAUACAAGGAUUUCAAAAUUGACAGCUUGAAGCCUUUAGAAAUGUCAUUUAUACUGAUAAAUAUCAUUUUCCGUUUUUCGACUGCCGGAGUAUACAUGUACCUUCCCCAGUUGCGCAACUUGCCUGGAAAGAUACUCUUGUCCUUUCAGAUCACGUGCAUAGUCCAGAUCCUGUGUUCUGAGGUCGUGUAUCGUAUGGCAGGCGUCCCUGACUUACCUACAGCAGUGCUGAUAGACAGCGCCCUCACACUUCUCAGCUGUUUCUGGCUGAACUCAUUCUGCUACCACAUGUACGCUUGUGUUCGCCAUCUCAGGCUUCCUAACCAGCUACUACCUGCUGAAGUAAGCCAGUUAUUCCGUCGUGAGGUGCUGUGCGUGUUUAUACCGUGGAGUAUAGUGUGUGUGGCAGCUGUUGCUUUGGAAAAGACGAGUAAAUAUUACCUGAUCUACAGUCGCAUAGUAGUCCUUGCAGGGAUUUCAGUGUCUGUGGGAUUCAAUUUCGUUUGUCUCGGACUGCUUGGAUACAUGUACCUACGUAAUCGGUGCUCCAUGCGGCAACUCGAAAUUGUUGAUAACAAGAAAUUUGCCUCAAAGAAGGAAUGUCUUUUUAUGUCAGUUAAGGCCAUUAUAUUAAGUGGAACAGGAAUUAUUAUUAGAAUUGGGUUCCACCAGGCUCAGGGAAUAGCGCAGGUAGUGUACUAUAUGCAUCUAGUUACGAUGGUGCAAGGACCAGUGCUCUUCGUCUGUUUCGUUUGCAAUGGAACGACGCUCCCCAUACUGAAGAACAGGAUACUUCUUUGGUGGAACCCAACCAACAUCCCUGCAGGUCUAGAGCUGUGUUCGGCAGCCGAGAGGAAUCUGGCCAGGAGAAACAAUGAACAGUCUCCCUUUUCAGAAUCCUCGCUGUAGCCUCCUUCAGUAUUUUUCGCAAAUAACUGUCUCCACACUACACUGCAUUAAACCCAGCAAUAAAAUGGACUCUACCUGGUAUGACAAUAUUAAAUGUCAUUAAAUCUCAUAUCGUACAGCCAGUACUUCUCUUUCCUAACGUCUCCUUCAUUUAUAACUGUGUGCUUAUUUGUGAGUGGUAGCCUCUGUCUACCUACUCUAAUGCACUGAGGCUACUCACUAAAAUUGUUGGGAAAUGCUUCGUGUAUACAAUAAGCUGCGUCAAUCACACGGCCUGUUAUAUACAAGGAAAACGCAGCACGUUGUCGGAGGAAUUCCCGUUCGUCAGUG